AUGAGUUCGAGAUUCAAGUUCGGCUUGAAACGUAAAGACAAGCACGCCUCUACCCCACCCCCAGCCUCCAACGCCAACCCCCUCGUCGUCACCCCCUCCAACGGAACAUCUCCAACCUCUCCUCCUUCCAACCGCAGUUCCUCCACCACAAGUCUCCCCCCGGCUAUGAACACUCAGGCUGGUCGCCCACCUAGUUAUCGCCCAAACAGCCCCUUAGCCCCCGGUCAGCAACAACUUGCCCAACACACUACUCCUCUGAACUCUUCCACAAUGCAACAAUACGGUCAACCGGGUAUCGCCCAGCAAAUGAAUGCGCCCCCAGGGUACGGCAUGCAACCACAACAGCUAGGUCAUGGUGUUCCUCCGGGUAUGCCUCAACAGUAUGCGGGGCGCAACCCCGCUGUUGAUACCCAGGGAACGGACCGUAGUAAAGCCCAACUGAUCGUUGGUAUUGAUUUUGGCACCACUUUCUCCGGUGUCGCGUUCGCUUUUGCGACAAACAAUGAGGCGAGAGAAGAUAUCAUUACAGAAUGGCCCGGUGCCGGAACUCAUACGAAACAAAAGAUUCCAACUGUUCUCUACUAUGACCAGUAUCAGAAAGUCGUCGGUUGGGGUCCAGAUAUCGCCGAGGCGCUGGCGCCAACCGGUUACCCGAAGCCUGGCGUACAGAAAGUCGAAUGGUUCAAGCUUCAGUUGAUGCUUUCCGGAAACACCUACAUUGACCCUAUCAACCUGCCCCCUCUCCCUCCUGGAAAAUCGGAAAUUGACGUCGCCGCCGAUUACCUCUUUAAGCUACGACAGGCCAUGCGCGCCCAACUUCAGAAGACCCUCGGUGAGGUGUUUACUCGUGAAGAGCGCAAUAUUCGUUAUUAUUUGACCGUUCCAGCUAUCUGGAAUGAUGCCGGAAAGGCAGCCACUCGUGCUGCGGCCAUCCAGGCCGGAUUCUUGAGGGACGAGAAUGACAACCGAUUGACUCUGGUCUCAGAACCAGAGGCUGCCGCUCUCUUCUGUGCGAAGACUGGACUCUUGAAUUUGAAGAUCGGCGAUGCUAUCCUCAUUGUGGAUUGUGGUGGUGGUACUGUCGAUUUGAUCGCGUACGAGGUUGAGGAAGAACAGCCAUUCAGUGUGAUGGAGUGUACCGCUGGUUCUGGUGAUUCGUGCGGUUCUACUGCGCUGAACCGCAACUUUAGUAAUAUUCUGCGUGCAAAGAUCCGUAAGAUGAAGCUGCCUGAUGGUUCUCGAACAGCUGGUAAGGUCUAUGCCAAGUGUAUCAUGGACUUUGAGAACCGUAUCAAGGCCGACUUCCGUAACAACGGACAGAAGUGGGCGGUCGACGUUGGUAUUGAGGCGGACUUCCCCGAUGCUGGAAUUGAGGAGGGUUACAUGACAUUUACGAACGAGGAGAUUCUUCAGUGCUUUGAGCCUGUAGUAAAUCGCAUUCUUGAGCUGGUUCGUAACCAGAUCAUUGCUAUUCAAGCACAGAACCGCAUGCUCCAGAACGUCCUGGUUGUUGGUGGUUUCGGUGCCUCAGAAUACCUAUUUCAACAGAUCAAGCUUCACGUGCCCCCACAAUAUCAGACCAAGGUUGUUCGUCCCAUGGACUCAGUGGCAGCCAUCGUCAAGGGUGCUGUGACUGCAGGUAUCACCGAGCGUGUUAUCACCCACCGUGUCGCUCGUCGUCACUACCUUAUGGCUACUCUGCAGCCAUUCAAGGAAGGAUACCACCCUGAACAAUACCGUGUACCCAGUCUUGACGGCCGAGACCGAUGCAAAUACACCCGCCAGAUCUUCGUCCAGAAGGGCGAGCGUGUCAAGAUCGGAGAGCCCGUCAAGGUCAGCUUCUUCCGUCAAGUGGCUCCUGGCGCUACUCUCAUGUACGAGGAUGUGCUGUAUGCCUGUGACGAAGACGUGUGCCCCGAGUACACCAAGGAUCCUCGCAUCAAGGAGGUCGUUACUCUAACCUCUGACCUUUCUCGCAAGAACCUGGAGACCGACUUCGAGCGCAUGGACACACCACAGGGUAUCUUUUACCGCGUUUACUUCGAUAUCUACCUCACCCUUGACGGAAGUGAAUUCAGCGCCGAAUUAGUCUGCCAAAACGAGAUCAUGGGUCGUUGCCGUGCUAAGUUCCGGUAA